UUUGUAUUGAAUAUCUGUAUACUGUUUUUUACAAACAAAUCAUUAAAUGUGUUAAAAAAUAGGAAAUCAUGUUUUUCACACACUAUUCACCCCCCUAAAUUUACCCUGAAGGUAUGGUUUCUUAAUUCCUACUAGUUUGUGAAAACUAUUUUAUAUUACUAUACCAGCAUCGGACGUUGCGGCUUCGGGGACAGAAAAAUAAAUAAAAACUGAAAAUAUGUUUUUCAAGUUAUAGAGAUGUAAAACUAAAUGUACCCUGAAAACAUGGUUUAUUAAUUCCCACUUGUUCGUGAAAAAUAACAGUUUAAAUCUUACAUUACUUGUGUUAUCACACUACCAUCGCCAGACCUUGUUUACUUGUGAUCGUGUAUCUCUUUGUUUAGCAUAACUGUUAACAAUUAUGUAGAAGUAUAAAUGCGUUAAUUCUUCCAUUCCAUAUAUUGAAAUUAAUCCCUGGAUCCUGAAGCCAUGAUCGUAUUGGCUGUAAUUAUCGGACGUCGCGGCUUUAUAGAAUGGGAAAAAAAAACCAAAAUUUACUUCCAAGGAAUGGUUUCAUAAUUCCUACUAGUAGAUGCCGCGUGUGGGUCCAGAACAGUGGGAACAAGGAGCUGCUGAAAAAGACCAACAACAAACUUCACAAGUUGCGCUUCUUGUGCAAACUGCACUUUGCAGACGACCAGUACCUGAACAAAUACAGGACCAGGUUGUCUAAAAUGGCCGUUCCAACAAUCUUCAGUGAACCACCACUUUCAGACAAAGAAAUGGAACUGUUUGAAGUAGUUCCAGAAGAAAUUAAGCCUUUACCUGUUCAAAUAUUCCGCUCGAUCACACGGCAGAUUGACAUUCCCUCGAUGGAGCCACUAUCUCAUGUCGUGAUAGAAGUGAGUGACUUGCCAGGAAGAUUAACCAACGUGGAAGAAGUCAGCGUGACAUCGACAGAAACACCGGACUCACAUGAUUCAGCAGGGGUGAUGGACCACACAUACGCCACUGCUGGGGAUCCAGGUGACACAGGAGACUGUGAACUGUUCCUACAGGAUGCACAAGUACCACAGGAUUCCAGAGAAGCCAGUUCGACUCCGGAGCAGAUGGAAUACAACACGUCGUACGCGUUGCUGCAGAAAUUGGAGAGCAGCGAUUCAGACAACUCUGUGAUAAACGAGAAGCUGUACAAAGAGCUACUCAAAAUGGAGAAAAAGGUGCAAGACCUGCAGCAGGAAGUGGACAGGCUGAAAGCUAUGUCCAAAUCGGAAGUGCAGCCGCGUUCACGACCGGACCUCGUUCGCCUCCUCAAUGUGAACUUGCAUGACGUAAAGAAGACAGGUGACAGGAAUUGUGAACUUAAUGAGGAGCUCGUAGCUUUGGCUAUCUUCAGGUGCUGACAUAGUGCUACUCUGAUCAAACCUUGCGUAGGUUUUCAUUGACGUGGGGUAAAUCAUAAUACUAUAAUUUAACCAAAGAAAUAUGUGGCUCCCAUUAUUAUUUUUUUUUCAGCAGUUAUAAUUAACUACAAGCUUGUGUAAUUGAGAUACCAGAAGAAGAAAAAAAGCAAUAAAUUAUGGCAGUUUAAUUUGUAAAGUGACAAUAAUUUUAAAGUUGCUUAUUGGUUGGUGUGUGUAAGCAGGUGAAAGACAAGCAGUUGAAUGUUUAAGUAAAGACUAGUUUGACUCCCUGACUACCCAAAUUCAAUGCCUCUUUCAGGUACAAAGUUAACCUAUGUGUACCAUAAUUAGCUGCAGAAGGGUAGCACCUUUAAUUUUGAGCAUACAAAUAUGUUUUCACCAUAAGGGUCGCCCUCGAAUAAUGGUUGCAACAUAUAUCUGUUUUCACUAGAGUGCCAUGGAUACAAGUGAAAUUUUUGUGUUCCGUGUCUCAUAUGUUGUAAGAAAUACUAUAGCACUGGUUUUGACCCUCUGUUCUUCUUUGUCUGUUUACUACGAGAGGUUGUGAGCACCCCCCCCCCCCCCCCCCAUUAUUUACGACCAUUCCAGUUACCUGCACUACCUAACAAUAAAACAAAGGGGUGUUUCCCUUCUGUUAAUUGUAUUUUAUUUUUGACGUGACAA